CACUUGAUAGCGCGAUACGACAUCUCUGCUCUCCGGAGUGGCGUCAGGUGGCUGCGACCCGGCCUGACCGAUCCCCGGCACUCCGGCCGGCCUCAACGUAAAAACGACAUCACGAUGAACUUCCCACCACCUGAAAGAUCGCGGAGUGGACAGCAGACACCCAGACAACUCCCUCGCAUGUGCAACGACUACAACCGUAGGGGAGGAUGUACCCGCGCCAAUUGCCAGGAGCUGCACUUGUGCACAUACUUCCUUCAAAACAGAUGCACCGCCGAGCGAUGCAACAAGGCCCACGCCCUGGAGACGCCCAGAAACAUCCUGCUGCUAGAUGGUCUGGGAUGGAGAGGUUCGGACGAUCUGGCUCUGGCGCUGGACAUCCUGCGCCGGCGGGCUCGAGGUCAGGCAGUCAGCGUCUGCGUCAUGUACAACGUGGGCAGUUGUUCUGUCCCCAACUGUGGCCGGCUUCACGUCUGCUACCGUUGUGUAGUGGAUGCCUGUCCGCUGGACGACUGUGGCCUCAGUCACGACCUGCUGGACGGCGGGCACAAUACCGACCUUCUGGCCAGUGCCGGUCUGACCGAUACCCCUGUGACAGAGCUCCUCAGGCGACUGCAGGAGCAGGUGCGCCGCCGGCCGCCCCAGCCGGCGCUCUGCAGAGCUGUGUAUGGCCGACAGGGCUGCCAGAGACACUGUCUGAGGCUACACUACUGCGAGGCAUUCCUCCACAGUCGCUGCAGGUUCGGAGACAGGUGCUCCAAGAGUCACAGCCUGAAGGAGCCGCACAACCAGCGGGUGCUGGCAUUCUUUGGCUGGACGGAAGACCAAGUGCUGAAAGAGCUGAGGAAGGUUCGAGUGAGCAGGUCAGUUUCUCGGCCAGCCAGAGCUCAAACUCCGACAGAACGGGACGACGACAAGGAAAGGUCCGACCGACAGGAUCCCGACCUCUGUGAAGAAUCGCAGCCGGGCCACAGUGCCGAGACCCGCGUCAAAAGGGUCGACAGCACUGAGGAGGUCGCGAAUCAUGUGAACGAUUCACUUGACUCGUCGAGCAAAUAUCCAAAGAGACAUUACAAGAUGUGUGAGCAAACAGCAAGAGUGCGCCCGAAGGCACAAGAAGAAAGCGCCUCGAGCCAGGUGAAGGAGGCAGAGAGACGGAAAUGGAAGGAAAAGGUGAGGGAAUUGGAGGAAAAGGAGAGAGAAUGGAAAAACAAAGAAGCUGAAUGGCAGAACAAGGAGACAGAAUGGCAGCAAAAGGAGGAAGAGUGGCAAGAAAAGGAAAGGAAGAAUGCAAGGGAAACACAACAAAGGGAAAAAGAAAUACACAAGACAGAGGAACGAGUGCGGAAAGAAUCCGAGGAUAAACUAAAAGAAGAAAAUGAGCGUGAGAGGCAAAGAUAUGAGCGGGAAAAAGAGGGCCAUUUGAGAGCAAUGGCAGAAACAGAAUCGCAAAAAAAAAAGAGUUAAUGCAAAACUAUGCAAAACUGAUUAUCGAUCACGAAAGCAGCGAGAAAACCAUAGCCACCAUUCAGCAAAUGAACGCUGAUUACCAACGGCAGAUCGCCAGUAUGCAGACUCUGGUAAAAGAGCUGAAGGAUAAAGAUCAAGGGCGAGAGAUCAAAGCAAAAACG